AUGGCAAAUAAUAUGGCUCAAAUGGCUCAAAAGCGAUCAGUAAAACCUAAAGAGCAAUAUUCACCUUCAAAUCCGCCUGCAACAACGAAGUACCAUUUGAUUGUAUAUGAUGAUAAUGGGAUGAUGAUGAUCGUUGGAAAUUCAAGUAUUAAACGGUUUGGAAUCGAUGAUUCAGUUAUUAUGAAUGGUGGUCGAGCAGCAACAUUAAUUAUAUCAGGAACAAAAGAUGCAUGUAUUAAACAGUGGAAUAAACAAGCACGUCUAUCAACAGAUAAAAAUGAAAUUAAUCGAUUACUCGAUGAUGAUGAUGAUGUUGGAAUUGAUGAUACAUCUGAAUCUCUAACACAAACAAUAACUAUGCCAACAAAUCCAUUUUCUACACGUAUGUACUUUCCUAUAGCUUCGUACCUUUACGAUGGUGUACUUUUAAAUAACAUUAUAGCUGCUCCACAUCGACGACAAAAACCAUUGGUACGUCGUCCAAGUUCUUCUGACUUGACCUCAACUGUUGUUUCACCAAAACGAUUUGCACCAAAUAACCGUUCAAGUCAUACAACUAAUCAACGUGGUUAUGAUUUAUCGUCUAAGAAACCAACUCGCUCAUUUGAAUCAACUAUUCCGGUGAUAUCUUCAUCAGAUGAUGAAGCAAGUGCUGAUCAUAAUGCAUCGAUUUCAAUAAAACAUAUACUUGAAGAAAUAAAAAAUGUUCAAACAAAUGUACGAGAUGUUCGUUCAGAAAAUCAUGAUACUCAACAACAACUAUCAAGUUUAACGAAGAAGUUAUCUCAUUUUCGUUCUUUAAUUUUAUCUAAUCAAGAACAUGUUCUUGAUCGUUAUCGAGAUGAACUUGUUACAGAAGAAUUCAAAACAGAAAUUAUGUAUCGAGGAAAUAAUUUACUUGAAGUAGCAGCAAGUAGUGCUGCUGAAUACGCACGCAAACUAUUAAAAGUGUUAUUUUCUGAACUUGAAUUAAAAACAUCAUUAUUACCAUCACAACAAUCAAAACGAUACUUCAAACCUGAAUUAGACUCUGAAAAGUUUAACUUACUGAAUGAAGCAACUCGUCAUCGUUAUCGGAUAAGUAAACAUCAUUACAGUAGCUUCUAUAAAGAGAGAAUUCAAGAAUCAUUAGCUGGAUGUUUAUACAAUGAAGGCACACGAAAACAACGAAGAAAAGCAAUUCAACAACAACAACAACAGCAACAAAUUCCAACACAACAGCAGCAACAGCCAUGUUUAUCGCAAUGUGUAUCAGAUAACGAAGAAUGA